AGGAGGCAGGAGAGCGCGGCCAUGGCGGGCCGGGGCGCCCCCGCCGGCCUCGCGGCCCGCUGGAAACGCCACAUCGUGCGGCAGCUUCGACAGCGGGACCGCACGCAAAAGGCACUCUUCCUGGAGCUGGUGCCGGCCUAUAACCGUCUUCUAGAGAAGGCUGAGCUGCUGGCCCGGUUCUCAGAGAAGAUCCAGCCAGAGCCAAAUGAUGUCACUCCUGCUUCCCACCAGGGCCUCUGAUGGCCUACCAGGUGGUGGAGAAGAGCGCGGCGCUGGGCGCCCUGGAGGCGGAGCUGGAGCAGCGGCAAAGCAGGCUGGCGGAGCUGGAGGCCCGCGUGGCGCAGCUGCAGGAGGAGCGAACGCAGCAGGCGCAGCGGGUGCACGUUCGGCGCGCGCGGAACGCAGCACAACGGGCGGCCUACGAAGCGCUGCGCGCGCACGCCGGCGUCCAGGAGGCGGCCCUGCGCAGGCUCGAGGAGGAGGCGCGCGAGCUGCUGGAGCGGCUCGUGCAGCACAAGGCGCGCGCCGCCGCCGAGCGCAACCUGCGCAACGAGCGCCGCGAGAGGGCCAAGCAGGCGCGGGUGUCCCAGGAGCUGAAGAAGGCUGCCAAGCGGCCCGUGAGCAUCAGCGAGUAAGAAUGGGGAUGCGCCCGGACCUGCCCGCCGAGCCUCCGCCCCGCGUGUGCUGGAGCGCCCUGCUCUCCCGCUGCUGCCUCCAGUUCUACCCCGCCCCCUCUCUGCCCGCGCCACCCGUGCACCUGGCAGCACGUGUGCACGACCGCGGUCCCGAGGCUCUCGCGGACACGUGCAGAUGUGGUCAUAGGAGCCAGCACGGUUGCCUGCCACACGUGCACCCACACGGACCCCUCAUCCCUGGGUCUGCACAUUUUCCCCAUGUUGGACUCUGGGGCACGGACGGGCUGGCCAGUCCCUUGGCCUUCUUGAGCCUCAUUCUCUCUCCCAGGAGCCCAAGCAUCCUAGGCUAUGCUGUCAGGGAGCCGGCCAAGACUCUGGCGCUGGCUGCUGAGCCGGAGUCCCUGGAGAGUGAGGCUGCUGAGAAGUUGAGGAGGCCUUUCAGGUCUGCCUCCGCCACCUCCUUGACGCUGUCCCGCUGUGUGGAUGUGGUGAAGGGGCUUCUGGACUUCAAGAAGAGGAGAGGCCACUCAGUUGGGGGGGCCCCCGAGCAGCGAUACCAGAGCAUCCCUGUGUGUGUGGCAGCCCGGCUUCCUACCUGGACUCAGGAUGUGGUGGAUGCCCACCUCUCCGAGGUCAAUGCUGUUUGUUUUGGCCCCAACAGCAGCCUCCUGGCCACCGGAGGGGCUGACUCCCUCAUCCACCUCUGGAAUGUCGUGGGAGGUCACCUGAAGGCCCACCAGACCCUUGAAGGAGGUGGCGGCAGCAUCACCAGUGUGGACUUCGACCCCUCGGGCUCCCAGGUAUUGGCAGCUACUUACAAUCGGGCUGCCCAGCUCUGGAAGGUUGGGGAGGCGCAGUCCAAGGAGACACUGUCUGGACACACAGACAAAGUGACAGCUGCCAAAUUCAAGCUAACGAGGCACGAGGCGGUGACUGGGAGCCGAGACCGGACAGUGAAGGAGUGGGACCUUGGCCGCGCCUACUGCUCCAGGACCAUCAAUGUCCUUUCCUACUGUAACGAUGUAGUGUGUGGGGACCAUCUCAUCAUUAGUGGCCACAAUGACCAGAAGAUCCGGUUCUGGGACAGCAGGGGGCCCCGCUGCACCCAGGUCAUCCCUGUGCAAGGCCGGGUCACCUCCCUGAGCCUCAGCCAUGACCAGCUGCAUCUGCUCAGCUGUUCCCGUGACGACACGCUGAAGGUCAUCGACCUGCGUGUCAGCAAUAUCCGCCAGGUGUUCAGGGCUGAAGGCUUCAAGUGUGGUUCUGACUGGACCAAAGCCGUGUUCAGCCCGGACAGAUGCUAUGCGCUGGCGGGUUCCUGGGAUGGAGCCCUUUACAUCUGGGAUGUGGACACUGGGAAACUGGAGAGUAGCCUUCGAGGACCCCACUGCGCUGCUGUCAACGCCGUGGCCUGGUGCUACUCCGGAACCCACGUGGUGAGCGUGGACCAGGCCAGGAAGGUUGUGCUCUGGCACUAGUGGCACGACCUCCUGCCCGGGCUGGAGCUCUAGUCCGAAGCCUGAAGCUGGAGGACAGCUUCCUACUGCUCCACCGGGCUUCAGGGUGGGGGUGCGGGGGCCUGGGGGGGUGGCCUCAGGGCCUUUAGUGGGGAAGAAGGCCUGGCAGGACCUGGCCUAUUUGUUUAAAAACUAAGUGUAGGUUGGAGGGAAUUACAGUAUUUUUUUUGUUUA